UUGAGGCAGACCUUGCCAGCAGAAGGUGCUCUUUGACACAUCGGUCUAGCGCAAAUGUUUAGAUAAUUUUCAUUCGCUUUUUUCCUCCGGAAAAUCCACCUCAAAGCAAACCCGUUUUCUUUACUGUUUGCCGACGAUUCUCAUCACACUAGCUGAGUGGGAAAACGCUGCGAUGCAAAGUUAGUGCCGCUUUAGUAGAAGGCAACUGCUGUGUUAGUGAGUGCUGUGAAUACACGACGCCUGUAAAAAAAGAAGCACCGUCCCACCACCCCCGGGGGGGAACAUCACAUACACACGCAGAACGCUGCCUUUGGAUGCUGUUCAGGAAAAGUCAGUGAAAAGAUAGCCCAAAUGUAUCAUUGCUAGGUGCGGAAAAUGUAAUGUGGCCGUGGUGUGCUUUAGAAAGAAGUGUGAAAUCUCAAGUAGAAAACAAAAAAGUUUGUGCGAACUGGUGCGAGCAAGCUGUGAUUGUCACAAUAUUGUAGCCCCAUACGGCAGAGAAAAGCAGCUGCUGCAGCAUCCUUCACUCUGCUCUGCCAGCAGGACAUUCUUUGCGCUUGCAUCGGAUCGAAGCUAGAGUUGGCACCGUGCUAAAAGACACAAGCGACACAACCCCAGCGAUCUAGUGUGCCGUCGUAAUCUGUGCGCGCGUAUGUCAUACACAGUCAGUCACGUGCAGUCAUUCGGCUCCACCGUACCUAUUGUGUACGAUUGAACGCGGCUGAUAGUGUCGAACAUUGGAACUGAUUGGCUUGAAACCAUCGCCAGACAACGCCGGAAAGUAUUGUAACGCCACGAACAAAAACUACACGCCACCAUGCAUGGACAUAUGCCCCCACAGCAGCAUCCGGGGAUGCACCCUGCACAUCAACCACCGCCACAUCUAACGCAUUUAACCAGCCUGCCACCCCACAGUAUGCAGCGCGACCAUCCUGCUAAUAGGCUGAACAACGCUCGGCAUCAUCAUCCGCGCGGGGUCGACCAUCAGGCAGCCGGCAUGGCACCGCACCUAUCGAUGCAGGUACCGCCGCCGCCGCCGCAUCAGCCGCCGCACCAGUCACAGAACGGCCGCAAGCCGCCGGGCCCGUCCUACUACAACCUGCCGGCCGGUAUGCCCAAGUCGAUGCCGCUGAGUACGCCCCAUCUGCACCCAUCGCCGCCCGGGUUGGGUGUGGGACCGCAGCCACCACAGGCACUGCCACCGCCGCCGCACCAGCAGCAUAUGGGGUCGAUUUCGCUUCCCCCGGUGGUGGGCGGUAAUCAUCCGCCCGGACCGGGCGGAAAGCUUUCGUACGGUAUGGGAGGUGGUGGUGGUGGUGGUGCAGGUGGAAGUGCUGGCGGUGCGCAGGUUUCGAUGCACCAUUCGGUGACGAUGCAGCAGGCACCACCACCGAUACCGGUCGUCUCGGCAGCAACGCCGGCCGGCACAAAGACGCGCCACAUCCCAUCGAGCACGGACCAUAAAGUCCAUCACCAUAGCCACAAUGUGUUGCAAUCGAAUGGAAACUGUGGUCCCGGCUCGAAGGCGAUUGUGAACCAUCAUCAGACGAACCAGUCGGGAGCGACGAUGGACAAGAUGAAGGGCUCGAGUGGCAAUGUAUCCAGUGCAGGCAAUCGGCACCAUCACAACCAUCAUCAGCAUCAGCAACAGCACCAACAGCAGCAGCAUCAACCACAGCAACAGCAGCAGCAGCAGCAGCAACAACAACCACAACAGCAACCGUCGAUCGUCUCGAAGCCCAAUGAUGCUCCACUACAGAAGGACGCGUCUGCGGUAAUAGCAGUGACCGGCAGUGCCUCCAGCACGGCACCGUCCGUAGCGCCGGCGGGUGCGAACCAGGCCGAGACGGCCGCUAGCACCGCUGCUACUACCGCAGCGAACGGUGGAGCAUCAUCGGAGCCGACGGCCGGGCAGCAACCACAGUCGCCGACCGACUCGAUAGAAGCCUUGGCAAACAUUAAAGAGAAAACGACCAUGUGUUUAGUGAACGAGCUGGCGCGGUACAACAAAAUCCAGCACCAGUACCGGCUGACGGGCGAGUCCGGGCCGGCCCACAAGAAGCACUUCACCGUGAUGCUGAAGCUCGGCGACGAGGAGUACACGGCCGAGGGCGCCAGCAUCAAGAAGGCCCAGCACAAGGCGGCGGGCGAUGCGAUCGCGGCGACCAAGUACAAGCAUCCGCCGGCCCGGACGAACCGUCGCACGAAAACCGGCACCAAGGGCAACGUGAGCAGCUUCACGCCGACGGUGGAGCUGAACGCGCUGGCCAUGAAGCGGGGCGAACCGACGGUCUACACGGUGAAGGCAGUGCCGGUACCGGCGUCCAAGUACGGUGGGCCGGCGAACGGCGGUGCAGGGGGAACGACCGUCCCGCCACCGGCCGUGGCCGGCGGUGGGCGACGUCCGGUGGAAGAGAAGCUUGCACCGGGCGUUGCCCACCCGUACGGUGGGGCGGGACGGUACAGUGACAAUGCCUGGGGCCGAGCGGCUGGACCGGCGGGCGUUGCUGGAGCUGGUGUUGGCGGACGUGGAGGUAUGGGUGGAUUUCAUCCGGGACACCAGCAGCAACAGCAACACCACCACCACCAUGGUCAUCAUCCGCGCGAUGAUCAUGCGAAUCGUCACCAUGCGCCUCACAGCUAUCAUCACGGCGACGGCUACGGACACCAUCACGGGCCGGCGGUGCCCGUGCCAGCGGUGCAGGAGUUCUACAAAGCCACCCUGCGCGUGGGCGAGCGAACGUUCCUCGGGGAGGGUCAUACACCGCAGGCCGCCCGGCACGAUGCAGCCGCCCGUGCGCUGGAAGUGCUGAAACCGCUCACCAUGGAGGGUGCCGAGGGCAAGGCCAAGGCCGGUGAUGCGUCCGCCAACGGUGAUGCCGCCUCAUCGAGCGACGGAACGUCGGUGGACGGGCUCGACCCGAACGCGGAACUCAAGUCACCGAUCUCGCUGGUGCACGAGAUAGCCGUGCAGCGCAGCCUGUCGGUCGUGUUUGAAGUGAUCAGUGAAAAGGGCCCCCCGCACAUGACCGUGUUUGUGACGCAGUGCAAGGUGGGCACGAUCGUGACCGAGGGUGAGGGCACCGGUAAAAAACUGUCCAAAAAGCGGGCCGCCGAAAAGAUGCUGGAGGAGCUGCGCAAACUCCAGAAGGCGGAACAGCAGCUAAACCCCUCUCCCUGGGGCGAAGGUAGCCCCGGUGGACAGGGCGGUGAGAAGCGGAAAUCCAACGCCAAAGCGGCACCGUCCGCCACGGCGGAUGGCGCGACGGCGAAGAAAAAGGCGCGCAAUCUGAUCAAGGAAAAGUCGGUCGCGGACGUGGCGGAGAAGGAAAAUCCCAUCUCGCGGCUGAUGCAGAUCCAGCAGGCCCGCAAAGAGAAGCAGCCCGUCUACACGCUGAUGGAGAACGAUCGGCCGGCGGUCGGGCGGCGUCGGCAGUUUACGAUCGAGGUAAGUGCCGGCGGACGGCAGGCGACCGGCGUCGGCAUGACGAAAAAAGCCGCCAAAUGGAACGCGGCCGAAGCGUUGCUGAUCGAGCUGGGCUUCACGCCGUCGGAAGCGAAGGCGGGAGCUCCUUCGGGCGGUGACGGCGCGUCGGCUAACAAGGAAAACCAGUCCGGCGCGGCAAACGAUUCGUCUCCUACCGGGGGCAAGCGGUCGCGCAAGGUGAGGUUCCAGGAGGAUCCAGGCAAUAGUGUGCCGACGGCGACGCACAUUACGCCCGCUGUCACGGUUGCAAAUGGUGCAAAUCAAGUGAAAGCUGAAUCGACAAACGAUUCGAUGAACGACAGUAUUGCGUCUAACGACAGCAUGGGAACGAACAGCUCCGGAGUGUCGAGCACAUCAUCGGUGGCACCGAAAGCCGAUAUUGGUGCCAAGAAGGAGCAGCUGCUGUACCUAGCGCAGCUGCUGAAGUUUGAAGUUCAAUUUUCCGACUUCCCCAAGGGCAAUCACGGCGAGUAUCUGACGCUAGUGAUACUGUCCACGGAACCGCCCCAGCUUUGUCACGGCAGCGGCGCCAGUCUGCAAGAGUCGCACGACGAAGCGGCACGCGGAGCGCUGGAAAUUCUGUCCAAGAUCGGAUUGCACAACGUGAAACCCAAAGCACCGGCGGGGAGCGCACCGGACGAUACUGCCGCCACAACAGCCUAAGUAGGAGCGCCUGUGUUGUGCGGCGCCAAUUGUGAGUACGACGGGACAUCCGACCAUAACAGUACCGAUGGAGCACAGACAGACAGAGGGGGAGAAAACAAGGCUGGUCAGUGUAUAUGUAACCGUGUGAUCAUCGUUAUCAAUGUUAACACUAAACGCAACCGGAUUGCAACGAGCGAAGGGAAAUGAGGGGGAAAAAGGCUAAACAAACGGAAAUCGAAAAAGGAAGCAGCAUUUACCCCAGUGCAAAGAAGAAAGGGAAACAUUUGCCUCGGAUAACAGCAACGAUUUUGAAGUGCAUGAUGAGCGGCCAGGAACGGAAGCCAACGUUCCUGCCGCCGAUGCAGCUUAGCAUGUUUUCAAUUUUCUAGUUUCUUUUUGUUUAUUUGUUACGUUUUGUUUUGUGAUUAUUUUUUUUUCUUCUGUGCAAACAUUUGCUAUUUAGAGCGAUGCAGGAGAGAAAAGGUCGCACAGAGUGCUGCAAGCUUUUUUGCUAUCCAUUCCGGAGGGUUGCCCGGAAGAAGGCAAGGGAGAGUUGUGGAAUGGGAAAGUGUAGCUUUCUGUUCGUACAUGAUUUCGAUACGGUUUGAUUUGGUUUUUCUACUAUGAUUGCCAACAUCUUACUUUAAACAAACAACUCCUCCUGCUUGUGGGAAGCAUUUUUCUGUUUUAAACAAAGCUGCAGUACUGUGUGCGAUGAAUUGUUUUGCAAAAGUAGGAGUGGGAGAAAGCGAGUAAGUGUCUCAAUGCGUGUGAGUGUGAUCAAAGCUACGGCACCCCUGUCAUUGGCGUCUUUCGUGCGGGGACGUAGCGAUGAGAGACGAUCAAGCAGAAUUGAUUACCAUUUACCUAAGUGCAGAGUUUGAAGCGAGAGAAACACACGAAAAGAGCGAACGAACGACCGGGCGGAAGUGAAACAAAACCCAGUAGUAAGCAGCAAAAUGUGAAAAGUUAGGACGUGUAUGAAGGUUCUUGAAUCAGUAACAGUAUAGCGUUAGGCGAGGAGACGGGAGAACGAAUUGAGCGGCGGGAUAGUGUCGCAUGAACGCAGCAGUGGCUUUCCAGGGAGGGCGAUGUUGCAUCCAGGGAAGCAACUUAGAGUAGAGAACAUUUUCAUCGUACAGUUUGAUUCUUGAACGCUGACUGUAGGGCGUACGCUAAACAAAUGGGCGGACAUCGCUAGUCAGCGGAUCAAUGAUUAUUACUUACGAAAUUCCCCUUAAUCGAUGGAUGUGUCGCACAGAGAGGGAGAGAGAGAGCGUGUGUGUAGUAGUACUAUUCGUAGUUUGUGUAUUUCAUUUGAUAACCUUCAUCAUUCUGCUUUUCAAUGUGCACGCGGGCGUGGUAGCGCCACACGGACGCCGCACGGUCGAGGAUGUGGCCGCCCGAGCUCAUCCGUUCCGGGUGUGUGUGCCGGCCGUGGUUGCACCACCACACACGUAGAGGAAUGCAGUAAAAUCCCGAAUAUUACAUAUAUGUGAAAGAAAAGAGCGCCCGGUUCGGAGAGGCGAUCGAGAUUUUACUAGAUUCUGACGCGUACUGCGUAGCGUUCGUGUUCAAUAUUAACUGUGCCGCUUGACUGGGUGGAAAGGAAGGGGGUAGGGGUAUCAGGUCGGUCGAUAUUGAGCGCAAACGUGCUUAAUAACAAAGGUGUGUGUGUGCAUAUAUCUUGUGCAACUUAGCAUAGAGCGCAAGCAUUCUGCUGCAACCGUGGAUCUCUUUGCGCUGAUCCGUUGGGAUAUCGCAAGCGAUCUCCGCGUCGUCGGAAUGCAAGCGACCUCAUGCAUCGUUGCCGUGCACCACCCUUAUAAACUUAAGUGUGUUUCUGCUAGUGUUCGUAUACAAGUAUCUGUAACUGUAAGAAAUAAUGUAUUUUUUCGCUAUUCAACCGCAAUUACGCAGUGCAUCCAACUGUUAUUACAAACAAACCACAUUAAAAACAAUAGCAACAACCGUAACCACAACAACAACUCCCUUGAAAUCAAACAGAGCUGAAGGGAUCAUUUUUACCUUGCAUACACACACACACACAACAACAAAUCCAAUAGACCUCUUACUCUUAAAGUACUAACAGGAGACAGCAACAGGAGCAAGUACUGUUCGAAUUUGCACCUAAGUUUGCACCAAACAAGCGAAAACCACGAUAUGAUGAGCAUCCAAAAAAUACAUUUUUUCCAGUCUAUGAACGAAAACGAAUGAUCACGAAGCCGCCCCCGAUAGGAGAAGAAGAACUAUGGCUAUGGAAACACAUUUUAUUUAUGUUCGCCUUUCGGAGGAGCGGAACGGAACUAAACGGAACGGCAGCAUCCAAUAUGGACUGCACUAGAAUUUAAAUACAUCACUAUUAAGAAAGGCGGCAACAGAAAAGAAGAAACAGAAGAAGAAGAAAAAAACUCCGAUUAGGCAUAUGGUAAUUAAUGUUGGCACGAAACGAUGGAAACUGGAAACAGGCCUGCGCAAGAAAAAACGAUGUUUAUUUGAGUGCAAACGGAACGUUUUGUUGAUCGUUCUUGGGUGUGUGUGUGUGUGUGUUAGAAUGUCGUAUUUCAUCUAACGUCACUUUAACCAUGUGGAUCAGUUAGUAGUGGAAACGAUGAUUCGGUGUUGAAAUGCGAUGCAGUAAAAGCGCGCCACGUUUCAAAACUCAAAUGCUCGAGGUCACACGCACGUGCAGCUGUUGCCCGGGGGCAUCUCAUUGUGGAAUGAAUUUCAUGUUGUCCUGUAUUUAUUUUAUGUUUUAUAUGCAUUUCAUCUACCGACCGAAACCGCUCGCGGACGGUUCAUUACAAACAUCCACUGAUUUGUGUAUUUAUUGUGCAAUGCCCUUGUGCGCAUUUGAACAUUUUGUACGAGGGAGUCGCUUGGUCGCCGAAUUUCGCACCGAAAGCAGCGAAACCCCCAUCAAACCAAGAACGAUCGAUCGAAGUGUGGCUUGUUGGCAAUUUGAAAGCAUCAUUUUCAAAACUAAAA